AUGGCGUCACGCAACAAGAAGCGAUAUCUCCACGAGGGCUGGAUCAGCAAGUGGACCAAUUUCAUCGGGAGCUGGCGCCCGAGGUAUUUCAUGCUAGAGCCAGGAUGCCUCAAGUAUUCGCUCGAGAAGGAUGGACUCGUCAAGGAAUCGUUCAUUUUAUCUCAAUGCACCAUGCGCCUCUGCGCCGAUGAUCCAGUGCGUCUCGAUAUAGACGUCGUGGGCCGCGGGGUGGUUUGCCUGCGCACCGACACACCUGCGGAAAAGCAAAAGUGGUUUGUCGCCUUCAAGAAGGCUCAAAAAAUACUGUUCCAAGCGUACCAGAAAAAGGUACUCACUCCAUCGGGGGUGUACAGCAUCGAAGGGCGGCCGGGAGCGUACGGUAACUCCGACACGGCCGCCGAACAGGAGGGCACCGCCGUUUUAGAGAGCCCGCAGCAUUAUAUCAGCGUCGAGGCGCCGGCGGCAGUCCCCGGCAAAGCGUCCGACGAGCCGUCCGUCGUAUCUCCCGAGGGCGACGACCUGGCGCAGGACAGCGGCCGCAAAUCCGUCGAUGUGUCGGAGCUCUUUAUAAAAACUAGGUUCGGGCAGGAGCCGCAGACGUCGCUGAAUUGUAUGCUCAGCAACACCAGCUGCUUCGACGAGAUCACGACAAAGAUCCUGGCGGAGCUGCGCGAGGUGCUCUCAGGCGACUCCCUCAAGAAGGUGGAGACAUUGGGACUCAUCGCCCGCGAGUACUACGAGAGCACGCAGCAGCUGUAUCUGGAGGAGGUACGCUCGCGCAAGGAGCUCGAGCAGUCGCUGUUCCGCGUUACCAGGCGGAACAUGAAAUUGGAGCAACAGGAGCUCACUCGAUCGGCCGGUGUUGUCGAACGUAAGGGGCACCUUGCGGAGAUGCAUGUGAGCGAAAAGAGCCAUACAGUGGACUCCGAAGACAGCGACAGCUCCGACAGUGCCUACUGUGGUCACGUGGAGGAUGAAUUCUUCGAGUGCGAGGACUUUGCACAACGCACUCACAGUGAAUCGUUUGAAGACGAACUUGUAGCCACCAACGACGUGGUGCCAGCUGAGGAACCACGUCAGGAAUCGCCAAAAGGCGCCAUGAGUGAAGACAACGCCACUGUGGACGCCGCUUCCGCGCCCGCCCCGGCCAGUGGCAAGGUACCGAGGGGCGCGGUCAUCAACCGCCGCACCCGGCUACCGAGGCCGCGCACGGAGCUCAAGGUCAGCAUCUGGUCCAUACUCAAGGACCUCAUCGGAAAGGACCUGGCGCGCAUCAGCAUGCCCAUCUGUCUCAACGAGCCCACCUCGGCGCUGCAGCGCGACUGCGAGGCCUUCGAGUACAGCCACCUGCUCGACACGGCGGCGCAGCAAGCCAAUGUCAUUGAUCGCAUGGCUUACGUGACGCUGUUCAGCAUCACGCCGUACGGGUCCGCGGUCGGACGCGCGUACAAGCCCUUCAACCCGUUGCUCGGGGAGACCUACGAGCUGACCCACCGCGGGUUCAACUUCGUAGCAGAGCAGGUCGGACACCACCCGCCCAUCUGCGCGUUCCACUGCCACAACCAGUACUUCGAGGCGUACGGCAGCACCAACGCCCUGGUGCGGCUCACGGGCAAGUCGGUCGAGGUGAGCAUCAUCGGCCCAUUCCUGGUCAACCUCAUGGUGGGCGGCGCCAAGGAGCAGUACUCGCUGCAGCGGUGCUACGUGGUGAUACACAACAUCAUCAUAGGCAAGAUAUGGAUCGAGACCGUGGGCACUGCGAUUCUGCGCAACAUCACCAGCGGCGAGUUUGCCGUGGUCCAGUACCUGCGCAAGGGCUGGUUCGACAAGGACUUCCACAAGGUGCGCGCGCUGGUCUUCGACCGCUACGCCACGCCGCACUACCACAUCUACGGAAAGUGGAGUGAGGUGGUUUACAUGGAGUCCGUCCGGCCGCGGUCUGUCCGGCGCCAGAAGCCGCUGCUGAAGCCCGACGGGCGGCUGGACUACGACACCUCCUUCUACAAGAACGAGGAAGACGCCUGGGACGCAUUCGUGAACGAAAUCGACUGGGAGAAGAUCGACGUCGUCCCCGGCACCAAGAAGCAGGUCUGGAAACCGCAUCCACGGCCGCCAUGCCACGAGAAUUACUACGGCUUCGGGUACAUGACCAUGGAGCUCAACGAACUAUCCCCGGACUACGACCCCAAUCGCGGCGUCGCAAUUCCGCCCACAGACUCGCGCUUCCGCCCGGACAUGCGGGCGUACGAGGCCGGCGACAUGGACUGGGCGGUGCAGGAGAAGCAGCGCCUGGAGGACCGGCAGCGCGAGGCCGCCAAGAAGCGGAUCGACGGCGAGCGCUCCUACAAGCCGCAGUGGUUCAACAAGAAGCUAGACCCGCACACCCGCGCCGCCAGCUGGGAGUUCACCGGCGAGUACUGGUUCCGGAAGGCGGAAGGCACGGUCGCGGAGGGUGUACCUGAUAUUUUCGCGCGGUGA